AUGGACGGCCAAGCCAAUUUCGACAUCAACAAGCUUUCCGCGACGGACAGGCAAGAAUUGAAUCUAUUUCUGGCAAACGAAACCCAGAAAUCUAACAUCCAACAAACCGUCCACCAGCUUUCCGAAAUCUGCUGGAAGAAGUGUGUCACAGGACGAAUCACUUCCAACCGACUCGACUCGUCAGAGGAAUCGUGCACCCAGAAUUGCGUGGACCGAUGGAUGGAUUCCAACUUGGCUAUCCUCAAACACCUUGAAACUCUACGUGGUUGA